CACUUCACUUGUGUUUUUGCUUGUCCUGAAUACAAAAAAUGGCGGAAGGAGUUCUCUUCAACGUUGCAGCACGAAUCAUCGGAGGGCUAGGCUCCCUUGCUUUCCAAGAGAUCGGAUUAAUUUGGGGUGUCCAAGAUGAGCUCCACAAGCUCAAGGAGAUAGUUGCCGGAUUCCAAGGUGUUCUUCUUGACGCUGAGCAAAAGCAAACCAACAAUGAAGUCAAACUGUGGCUCAAAAGCGUAGAAGAUGCAGUUUAUGAAGCCGAUGACUUGCUGGAUGAGUUUAAUACUGAAGCUCUGCAGAGACAAAUGAUGUGUGACAAUACUAAGAUGUCAAAGAAGGUACGCCUCUUCUUCUCUAGCUCAAAUCAACUUGCUUUCCGGCUAAAGAUGAGUCAUAAGAUAAAAGAUAUAAACAAGAGGCUUCAUGAGGUUGCAUCUCGUAGAGCCUUUCACUUGGAAAUAAAUCGUGAAGAUACACGAUUUAUAAUUAGAGAGAGGAUCACUCACUCAUUUGUCCCUAAGGAAAAUGUUAUAGGGAGAGAUGAAGAUAAAAAUGCAAUUAUUCAACUUUUGUUGGAUCACAUCUCAACUGAGAAUGUGUCAACCAUUUCCAUAGUUGGAUUUGGAGGAUUGGGGAAAACUGCUCUUGCCCAACUCAUAUUCAACGAUGAGGUGAUUCAAAAUCAUUUUGAGUUGAAAAUAUGGUCAUGUAUCUCUAAUGUAUUUGAGUUGGAUAUAGUCGUUAAGAAAAUACUAAAAGUUGACAAGAUUGAUAUGGAUGAGCUGCAAAAUGAUCUUAGAAGAAAAGUAGAUGGGAAGAAAUAUCUAAUUGUGUUGGAUGAUGUGUGGAAUGAGAAUCGGGAGAAAUGGCUUAGCUUGAAGUACUUGUUAAUGGGGGGUGGAAAAGGUAGUAGAAUACUGAUAACCACUCGUAGUGAAGCGGUUGCGACGAUAUCAGACACAACUAAACCAUACACCUUAAGGGGUUUGAAUCAAGAGGACAGUUGGUCUUUAUUUAAGGAAAUGGCUUUUAAAGAUGGAAAAGAGCCAGAGAAUUCAACAAUUAAGGCAAUUGGGAAGGAGGUUGCAAGAAAAUGUCAAGGAGUUCCACUCGCUAUAAGGACAAUAGGUGGGAUGUUGCGCACCAAAUAUCACGAAACAGAAUGGUUGAAUUUCAAAGAAAAUAAACUUUCAAGAAUAAAUCAGGAAGAAAAUGAAAUUUUACCAACACUUAAACUAAGUUAUGAUGUGCUCCCAUCACAUUUGAAGCAUUGUUUUGCUUACUGUAGCUUGUUUCCACCUGAUUAUGAGAUCUCUGUACCGAUGUUGAUUAGACUUUGGGUGGCGCAAGGGUUCAUUAAGUCAUCCGAUGAAAACGAGAGUUUGGAGGAUGUUGCGUAUGAAUAUUAUAUGGAAUUGUUGUGCAGAUCGUUUUUUCAAGAAGAAAAAGAUGAGUUUGGAAGAAUAAAAAGUUGUAAAAUGCACGAUCUCAUGAAUGAACUUGCAAUAUUAGUGUCGGGGGUCGGAAGCACCGUUGUUGAUCGGAACCAAAAAAAAUUUCAUGAAAAGCUUUGUCAUGUAUCUUUCAAUUUUCAUGUUCAUCUGUUGAAAUGGGAAGUGCCAACUUCCUUGCUAAAAGCGAAAAAGAUACGAACCUUUCUUCUUCCUUGCCAAGAGUAUAGAAGUUUUUCAGUAAAGAAUUCAUCUUGUGCUACAAUUAUUUCAAAUUUUAAGUCAUUGCGUAUGCUGAGUCUCAACGACUUUGGAAUUACAAAAUUACCUAAUUGUCUUAAAAAAGUGAAACAUUUGAGAUAUCUUGAUCUUACUGGUAAUCCCAUCGAGAGAAUUCCAGAUUCGAUAGUUGGACUUUCGAAUUUGGAAACACUUGAUCUCUCUUACUGCCGGAAGCUUAUGGAAUUGCCUAGAGACAUAAAAAAAAUGAUAAACUUAAGGUAUCUCAUCUUGGAAGGCUGUGAUAAAUUGACUCGAAUGCCACGUGGAUUGGGGGAGCUGACCGGUCUUCGUACAUUGGAUAAAUUUGUUUUAAGCGAAAACAAUUCUUUGUUGAGGGACAGUGCUGGUCUUGGUGAACUGGGAAAGCUUAGGGAAUUAAGGGGACAGUUAGAAAUUAUAAAUUUGAGGCAGGAGAAAGAUGUGAUGUCAGAUUCAAAUGUUGGUACACCUCUCAUGGAGAAACAGCAUCUCCAUUCAUUGACUUUAGACUGGAAACGUGGAGAAGAUGUAAACGCAGUUGAUGAGAAGGAUAUUAUAAUGUCAAUGGAAGUGUUGCAACCCCAUUCAAAUCUAAAGAUGUUGUCCGUGUCUGAUUAUGGUGGUGUGAGGUUUGCGAGUUGGUUUUCUUCUCUCAUAAAUCUUGUUGAUCUCACAUUGACUGGGUGUCAUAGAUGCCAACAUCUUCCACCCUUGGAUCAUUUCCCAUCCCUCAAGUCUCUUCAACUUGAAGGGUUUGAGAAGUUGGAGUACAUAUCAGACGAUACCAGCAGCAGUAAUAGUAUGAGUGAUGAGAUGAUGACGUCCCUGGAGUUCCUCUGCUUAUCCGAUUGCCCUGUUCUGAAGGGAUGGUGGAGGGCGCACACUCAUAACAAUGCUUCUUCUUCUUCAUCAACGGAAAAUCUGUCGUUGCCUUCUUUUCCCUGUCUUUCUACAUUGCAGAUCUGGGAUUGUCCUAAUCUAACUUCCAUGCCUCUGUAUCCAAAUGUGGAGGGAAUAGAUCUCAAUGGGUGCAGCUGGAAGGUUGUUGAUUCCUUGUUUGGUAGAGGAGCAUCUGAUAUUACACAUGAUGUUGGUGUUGAUGUCUCUGCCUCUUCUUCCUCCCCUCAUCUCUCCAAAUUAACACGUCUGUCACUCAUUAAAAUUGAGGAUUUGGAAUGUCUAACGUCACAAGGAAUGGGCAACAUCCCAUCACUCCAAUCGCUUUACAUUAGAGAUUGCCCAAAUUUGGCAUUACUACCAUAUCAUGGGAUGGGCAACCUCGCAUCCUUUCGGGAGCUUACAGUUAGAAAUCGCUCCAAUUUGACAUCAAUGUUAAGAGGGAUCGCCAAUCUUACAUCACUUCAGGAGCUUGCAAUUGGAGAUUGCUCUAAUCUGACAUUACCGCCAGAAGUGGUCGUCGUCAACCUCCCAUCACUCCAAUCGCUUACGAUUACAUCUUUCCCAAAGUUGGUAUCACUACCGGAAGAAAUAAGCAAUCUCACGUCACUGCAGCACCUUGCAAUUGAAUUUUGCCCAAAUUUGGCAUCACUGCCAAAAGGGAUUCGUCGACUCCCCAACUUAAAUAGAUUGCGAAUAUGGGAGUGCUCCAUGUUAAGCGAAAGAUGCGAGGAGGAAACAGGUGAGGAUUGGCCUAAGAUUGCUCACAUCCCAUCCAUUUCUUUUCAUAGUUAUUAAGAUGAAAUAACAUAUGGUCAAAGAUUUUGUCCACAUUUUUGCUUUCUCGUUGAGCAACACUGAUUCCAAAGCAAAGCAGUGUUGAAACUACCAAGCAACCGGCCAGAUGACAAUUUAUGCGAUAAAUGAAGGACUGGUUUGAGUUUCCACCAUAAAACUAACUGACAAUAUGGGAAGUAGCCGCCCAUGCAAGUUGGAUGGUUGCAUAUUUUAUACACAAUAUUCGUUGUUGAGCUUCAACGGCAGAUCAAAUGUCUCAGACACUCAGUGUUGCAUGGAAGCAUGUGAGGACAUCUUAAAAUCUGCAGCGGAUCAAAUGUACUCUUGCUCCGAGCACACAAUUCAGACGAAAGUUGGCUACUUACUGGGUAUGGAAUGUGAAGGACUAAUAGAAGUCGUGUUUGUUAGUGCAAUUUCUUUUUGGUUUGAGAUGUGGAGGACUAAUGAGAUUGCUUUGGUGGAAAGUGUUUCCCCUUAACUGAUCUGUGAUGCAUGGUUCUUAAAUUCUCGAAAAGAAUCGCUGGAAUUUGUCCUUGCAGAUGAAGGUUUCGAUGUAUGCGUAGGGAAUGUGUGUGGAACACGAAGGAGUCAUGGACACACAUCUUUAUCAGAAGAGACAGAAAUGAUGCGCUGCAUAUAUCGACAACAAUCUCCAAAGUCUUUGUUGUUGGACAUUCACAGGGAACAUUCAUGUCUUUAGCUGCUCUCACCCAGCCGGACAUAGCAGAACUGGUUGAAUCUGCCGCUCUUUUCUGUCGAAUAUCAUACUUGGAGCAUAUCACUUCUAAAUUUGCACUUAGAAUGGUCAACGUAUAUGUUGAUCACGUAUUCCUUAUCUUCUUCAAAGUAUACCGCAUGAUUGGCUUCUCUAAUAGAAUUGAUGCAUCUGUUCAUCUUUUCAGAUGAUUCUUUUUACUCAAUGUUAUGAGAUUUUAGUAGUAGUAAUUUUGUUAUCUUCUGUACAUUAUGUGUGGUGAAUGGGGCAUCAACUUUUUGGAUUCAAUAUGUGGUGGCAUGUUGACUGCUUGGAGUGGUUGUAUAUGAUUUUGGUUUUGAUCGACGGGUUUAGGUACUAUGUCCCCCCGUUGUAUGUUUUUAAUCAAGUAAUAUAAUAUGGGCGUGAGGGCCUAGCCCCCCAGCUUCGACUGGGUUCCAGCCCUCUUUAAAUAUUUCUUUUUAAUA